UGACAUGUAAUGUUUAUUUGAACGUAAGCAUUAUACAGCCUGGUACACGUGCUACAUGUCACAGCUGUCUUACUCUUAAACAUGGUCACAUGAUAUUAUGUGAAGAGAUCAAGAUUAAAUACUCCAUUUGUAAACAUAACAGGUUAAAAUAAUGACAUUAAAAUAUUUAAUUUAGUCCAACCAACUCCAAUAGCUCAUGCCAGUUAAUAAAGAUGAGCACGCCUUUACAGUUUGAGAUUUAAAUUAGUCUUCACCAGUGCUGUGACAGACUUUCUCAAGGGUUCUGAAUAGAGGUUUUUACUUGUACUAGCUGUCACUUUAGGAAACAAAACUGAGAAACAUACUGCCUCAUAGAUCCAAGUGAAUAGUUUUUUUUACAUAUAUAUAUCCAUCCAUUCAUUAUCUAUACCGCUUAUCUGUUAAGGGUUGCGGGGGGACUGGAGACUAUCCCAGCUGUCAUUGGCUGAGAGGCGGGGUACACCCUGUACAGAUUGUCAACAUAUACAGACAAACAUCCAGUCACACUCACAUUCACAUCUACGGCCAAUUUAGAGUCACCAAUUAAACUAACAUGCUCAUGUCUUUGGACUGUGGGAGGAAGCAGGAGUACCUGGAGAGAACCCAUGCAGGCACAUGAAGAACAUGCAAACUCCACAUAGAAAAGCCCAGAACCUUCUUGCUGUGAGGCGACAGUGCUAACCACUGCACCACCGUGCUGCCCUUUUUAUAUGUAUAAAAAGGUUCAAGAAGCCUUUCUGCAGGGCUUUCUGAAAUAGUCUGAGAUGAAUUAUGCACAUCCACUGGCUUUCGAUAUCCAUCCCACAGGGCUUUUUCUCUCUUCAUUAAAGCUCUAUUUUCUCCAACUAUGUAUCCUUUUUUUCUUCUUUUUUUUUUUAAAGAAAAUGACUGAGCAAAAUCCUUUAGGUCAAAUCAGUGCAAGAUUAAACAGCUUAUUGUGUGUGCUUUUUCUGAGGCCGAUGGCUCUUCACUGGCUGAGGGCUGUGAUAUUUUACACUAGCUUAAUUUGGCAACAUGUUGAAGUAGCACUUUGAUCUUAUCACAUUGAAAAGGACUGACAGGACCUCAAAUCAAUACAAUCACAAUCACACUCAAAUCAAUUGUACACUGCACAGUGAGACCAGCCAGGAGUAUCUGAAUGUCUGAGGCAUAAAACUUGUAGCAGGUAGACUCUCACAUCUGUGGAUGUGGUGUAUGUCUCUGUCUGUUGGACUGGAACAGCUGAACUGCAAAAGUCUGGAGGAGUCUGGGCCUGAAUAUAUUGUGAGUGGCAUGAAAAAUGUAGUUUAUAAACCCAAUCAUAACACAUCUGGGGACUUAUUUUUGGAGACAUAUACCUCAUGUCUCUACAGUCCAACUCUAACCAUGUUACUUAUAUGAUAAAUGCUGAAUGAGAUUAUAGGAAAAACAAAUUGGAGACACACAUUCUGUCUUCAGUUGAGAUGUUGUGCACAAUCUCUUGGAUCAAAUUCACUCAGUCAUUCUCAGAUACAAAUACAGACAUUCAUAAACACUCCCACAUACACAGUGGCGCUGUUUUCUAAAUCAUAAUUAAUAACUAAUUCAUAAUUAAUGACGUUGAACUUCGACUGGAUGGAUUUGUGUGUCUAACAUCUGUGACAGAAGGAGAGGCAUCUCGUUGAAACUCUGUGCCGCCUUGACUGCAGCUCAGUUGGAUACUGCAGCGCACAUUACACAGUAUGCACUUGCAGCGCGCCACGAUCCCACGACAUAGUAAGAAAAAACGGAUUGUAAUAACGGCAAGAGACGGAGCUCAUCUAUAUUAGAAGAGUCUUUUAUGAACUCAGACCGUAAGAGACACUCCUCCUCCUGCUCCUGGCUCCCGCCGCUCCGCUCCCGUACCCAUUCGAUGCGCGGGAUGAAAUUCACAGCCCCAUCUUUAUCAGUAUCAGCAUCGCCUUGAAGACAAAGAGAGCGCCGCGAAUGAAAAUGUGCUCCGAUAGCAGGAGAAGCCAAUCUUGAAGUCAGUAACACUGCAGCCGUGCCCGCCUGGAGGCAGACAGGCACCGGUCCUUGGAGACUCUUCGGGGAUGCGCAAAGAUGUGAGAGUAAAGAGCGAGAGGCAUUGUGAUUGGCCAUACUCCUUCUGAAAGCAUCAGGCACGGCGAGUCAUGUUUCGCUCCAGCCAGAGCAUCAACGAGGAGGCAUCAAACUUGAAGGAGACGUGUUCUCAGUCUGCACAGUGGAUGCGUUUACUGCGUCGUCCAUAAACUUCAUCAUCAUUUCCCCAAACAGGCGGUGGUGCUGAAACGGAAAGCCUUGGCGGAUCAACCAGUGAAGAGGAGGAAGACGCUCUCACUUCUCCACCUGCUUCCGAGCUUCAUGGUAUUUGGGAGUUCCGUUAAGAACUUAUUACAUUAGUGUCUGACGGUGCUGCAUCAUGCUGUGGAUGAAGUGGAAGAUGGUGGUGGACCCCCUGCAUGGACGGAGAAGGAGGCUGUCCUGUUCUCGCUUGUUUCUCCUGCUGUUCGCUGCUGGUGGUCUGGUUCUCUUCAUCCACCAGCACGAUCUGCUGGAGAUGAUCCAGCAACAAGGCUCAGGUGUAAAGCUUGGAGUCACUCCACGGCAGUCCAGAGAGACUCUUUCUACUCAGGACAGAGAGAGAGGUAAAUCAGACAAUGACCGGGACCUCAAAGCAGCAGAAGGCAUCUUGUCCAGCCCAAUCCCCCCAAUGCAGUUCCCAAACUUUGAGAAGAGCAGACAGACAGCCACCCCUGGCCCUCAAGAGCAGGACUCCCAUGAUGUCUCCAAAAGACAGCGCAAACUGCUGAAAACAAGUCCCCCAAUCAGUCACACAUCAGAUUCCCCUGAGAACCAGAAAAUGCUCUCUGAUAUUAUGGAAGCCCGUCGGAAACUGAUGAAGGAGAUGUGUGCUAAGUACAAAAGCAGCAUCUCCAGGACUAUCACACGUCAACAUGUGACUAGCCUUUUUGUGGAGGACAGGUACAAGUUGUUGUACUGCCAGGUGCCAAAGGCAGGCUGUUCUAACUGGAAGAGGACCCUGAUGGUGCUGGCGGGCCAGGCCUCCAAUGUUCAGAGCAUUAACCAUGACACAGUCCACUAUGGCAACCAUCUCAAGACGCUUAACAGCUUUGACCAAAAGGGAAUAAUGCACCGACUGGAAACCUACACCAAAGUUAUGUUUGUCCGAGAACCCUUGGAGAGGAUGGUGUCAGCUUAUAGGGACAAGUUUGAAAAUCCAAACAACCACUACCACUCGCUGUUUGGGAAACCUAUCAUCUCCAAGUACAGGGUGAAUGCGUCCAAGACAGCCUUGAAGACAGGCAAUGGAGUCACAUUCAAGGAGUUUGUCCAGUACCUACUUGAUGUCCACCGGCCCGUAGGAAUGGACAUCCAUUGGAACCAGGCAAACCAGCUCUGCAACCCUUGUCUCAUAGACUAUGACUUCAUUGGCAAGUUUGAGAACAUGGACGAAGAGUCCAACUUUCUCUUGCAAAAGAUUAAGGCACCACCCAAACUCAAGGUGCCUAGUUUUAAAGAUAGGAACCCAAAGGACAAGAGGACCUCUACACAGAUCACACAAAAAUACUUCUCGCAAGUCAGUAAGUUGGAGAGACAGCGAGUUUAUGAUUUCUACUUCAUGGACUAUCUGAUGUUUAACUACUCCAAGCCUUUUGAUGAUUUAUAUUGAAUGACUCUUAUCAAGACACUUGACAGUUACAUUCCACUAUGUCUACACAACUACCCGGACAGCAGUGUUAACAUAAAGAAGCCCACUCUCAAUCCCAUAAGAAUCUUUGCAUCUAAGCAGAGAGAUCAGAGAGAUCAAACCUCCUCUGAAUUUCUGCUGCUUUUUAUGAAUACAUUUCUACCAGGUUAACUUUAACGUUUUUUAGACAACUAUGAGAUGAAAAGGUUCAUGUUGAAUUGUAUUAACCACUCUAAACUGUCCUGAAAUGCAAGGUAUUUAUUCAUUGUUAGCACAGAGAGGUGGAAUUUCUUUAAAAGAAAGUUUUUGUUCAACAGGCUUUAAAUUAUGCCUUACUGUGAGUCAAAUAACAUUUGCAAAUGUGUUUUAUGGUUUAAUUCAAUGUAGGUACCACAGACACACACACACACACACACACACACACACACACACACACAGGAUUUAAUAUAGAUUCCAAUUUUAGGUGUGAUUUCACAUAACAUUGUGUGUUAUGUGAGCCCCUACAAGCUUCUUUCAGUCAAGUUUUUUCUUAAUUGGAAAUAUUUGCAUUUACUAUUUGACACGCAGCAAGUGAGGCAUCAGUAUACCUCUAUGUAUCAGUACAUACUAAUACACAUAGUUCACGUAAAUGGUUUUACCAAACAUAAAGAGAAACAAAAUGAAACACUAUAAACAGCAUAAAUCUUGAAAAUGUGUCAAGUGCUGCACACUCUGAUGCUGGGUGCACUUAAAGUAGCAUUUUUGUACUUCUAACGUUGUCUGUUGGGUUUUUGCUUUAGUCUGACACAUUCACUGCUGUAGGUCCCCAAUCACUAGAGGUACUUACUUGGGUUGUUACAUGCAGGACAUGCAGGUUCUUGCAGGGUCCAAAGUGUUGCUGCCAGUAUCUCUUAAUACAUGUUAGUGAUACUAAUAAUUCAGUUUCUGUCAACAGCAUUGGCAACCUAAUCACAAAAAAAAAAAAAAACUGGCAAAAAAACAACAACUCAAAAGCAGCUUUUUAGAUUUGGUGUCAUAACAGACUGAUAAUGUAUGAUCUGGGUGUUUCAACAGGGAUGAGAAAAAGAAAAGAGAGUGCCCACACUUCCCCAUGUAUCAUACCAAACAUCCCUCAAACAGCUAUCACUUACAGAUCUCACACUGUCAGUAACUCUCUACCCUCACGUCUGUACUAUUCCACUAUAUAGGUUUUUUUUUUUCAGACACUACUGUGUAAAAUUGUACAAUGGGCAUUCAGAUGACUAUAUAUUUUUCUAGGUAUUUCUAAAACAUACAUAUAUAUAUAUAUAU